AUGGGAAACUUGAAUAAGGAAGUUUACAUGGAUCCUUCUCCAGGAGAUGAUAUGGAUGAAAUAAGGCGUCUCAAGGAGCAUCUAGCAUUGGAGUUUGAGAUCAAAGACUUGGGUCCUUUGAAAUAUUUUCUUGGAAUGGAAGUUGUUCGAUCAAAGAAGGGUUUUGUGGUCUCUCAGAAAAAAUAUGUGAUUGAUCUUUUAAAAGAAGUUAGGAUGAGUGGUUGCCGCCUAGCUGACAUAUCAAUUGAUCCAAAUGUAAAAUUUAGAAAUAAAGAAGGUCAAUUAGUUGAUAAAGGGCAGUACCAAAGAUUAGUCGGUAAGUUAAUUUACUUAUCACAUACAAGUCCAGACAUAGCUUUUGUAGUGAGCGUAGUGAGUCAAUUUAUGCACUCCUCAAUGGAGGAACAUGAAGAAUCAGUGUUUUGGAUUCUGAGAUACUUGAAAAGUUCACCUGGAAAGGGCUUAUUCUUUAAGAAAUCCGAACAAAAAAGAAUUGAAGCUUAUACAGAUGCAGACUGGGCAGACUCAAUAACAGAUAGAAGAUUUACAUCAGGGUACCAUACAUUUGUAUGGGGAAACCUUGUGACUUGGCGAAGUAAAAAACAAAAUGUUGUAACAAGAAGUAUUGCAGAGGCUGAGUUUAGGUCAAUGGCUCAAGGAAUUUGUGAAAUGAUGUGA